AUAUAUCUAGUUUGUUUGAUCAUGCUAUCUUUUUCAAAGUUAUUUUAGCAUAGAAGAGCAACUAUGCACCUGUACCAGAGGCAUAACAUGGCUCAACUACCAUUCCCCGGGCUGCCGUGAAGUUUUAGUUAAUCUCAUUAACUGUCAUGCAGGUAGGUUAUAUUGUCAUGAAGGACCCUUCUACUGGGGCUAGAACCAACUUACUGAGAAUGAAAGCUGCCGGAAUCGUCGGCGUCUACCACCCAUUGAUUGAUGAAAAGCUUGUGAGAAUUCUACGUGGGAGGAACAAGAAGGUGUACGCCUGGACUGUCGAUGAUGAAGCCUCGAUGGAGAGAAUGCUGGUCGAGCGUGUUGAUGCCAUGGUUACCGGCAACCCGACCUUGCUUCAGCGCCUCAUGCAAGACAUUAGAACCCAGUGUCUCGAGGAAGGUUUUUCUUUAUCAUAA